ACACUAAUGUUUAAGAGCCACAUAGUUCUUCUCCGUGGUGAAGCUUCUGGGACAUCUCCUUAUUUUUCUGGAACUGCAACUAUAAUCUUCCUUUCUUGUGGGGAGACAGUUGUGAAAAAAUAUUGAGUGGCAUCACAAUGGGAGUAACAAUACAAAAUGUAACAGGAAGCACAGCAAUGGUAAUUUGGCCACCCAUGGCCAUUUGUGAUGACAGCUUUUACAGUAUUAUGUAUCAUCCCAACAGGAACAACAUGCUGUCAGGUUAUUCAAGAAAAAAUUUUCAGAAAGAAGAGCGAGUGCCUGCUAGUCGGUCUUCAUUUGUCAUAGAAAACCUAACUCCACUAACCACCUACAUAUUGUGUGUAACCUGCCAAUCUGCAAACCCCUCCAGUGACCAGUGCAGAAUUUUUCACACAUUAGAAGAAGAUCCAGCAUCUGCAAGCAACAAAAAAAAAGAUCUGGCCCUGGGUAUCUGGCUAACUAGCAGUAUUCUGCUUCUCAUCAUUGCCGGGAUCCUCCUUUACGGUUGCCUGCAUAUAUGGUACCGCAAGAGACGAGAACGUGUAGAAGGACAAAACAUGAACUCAGAACAGGACAAGGGGGAGGCUUGGACAAUAAACAAGUCACACACCCCAGAGCAGUUUAACAAGCAAGGCAGAUUAGUCCAAAGUGUUGAGGGUAAGAAUGCAGAAGGUAUCCAACUGGCUACCAUAAUAGAAAAUCCCUUAACUUCUAAGGAGCCUACCAUGCAAACUUCUAAAAGCCAGGAAUUAGUGCCGAUGACAGUUGGGCCAUUUUAAUUGGUAAACACCACUGCACAGAUUAACUGUGCACCAUGUGUGAAAUAUUUUAACCUGCAGAGUUCUAUACCUUUUACAGUUUGCAUUUGCAGUGUUUAAUUAUUGCUGAUGCACUCUUAUCAGCAUUCUUAACCACAACUGAUCCUCCCACCAUCACAUGCACAGCUGGGAGGGUCUCAAUAUUAAGGUUUACAACUAAGUAUUCUCUUGAUUUGAUUAAGAAAAUAUUAUCAAGCAUAUAGCAUAGAAAUCAAAGGGUAUUCUUGAUUUUUGUUUUGGAGGCAGAGAAUAAGGUUUAUUCUAAAACAGUAAACCAAAAUAAAUAAAUGAAUGAAAAGGACAAAGGGAGAAUUAUUAUUAAAUAAUAAACCAAACUGAAAAUUGCAUACUGAGACCGGUAUUCUCAUGCUGCAGGCAGCUCGAAUGCCCUGUAUUAAAUGACUACAUCUAUAAUGGCCUGUCACGUUUUUUAUCCACAUUAUUCAGAAAUCAGGUUGCUUCUGAAACUGCACAGUUCAUUGCUGUACGUUGUACUUGACAGUUCCAUUCAAAACAAGUUCUAGUUGUAGGACACCAGCUAAAUUCAUUGAUAUUCGAAAAAAAGGAUUCCUAUUUCACCCAAUUUAAAAAUGCACUCAGGAUGGUGACACCAGCAAGAGGCACUCUAGUUACACCACCAUGAGAUGUUAAGCGAUUCAACGCUUAAUGCUGCAGUUUAAUGCUUAAAGCUGCAGCUAUAAGAGGGAAGUGCUCAUUGCACAGCAUUGAAAGGGGAGAUCAUGAGACCCAAAACCAUGACUCAUGAUUGCUCUUUCCCUAAACUGAAGGGGGAGAACAGAACAGAAUGGCAGGUUUUUAUCCAGCCACCAAUUUCUGUUAAUGUACCAAGAGUAAAAGCAGCUAGACUAUGACUGAGUACAUGUAUUUUUGAGAUUAUGGAAAUUUACAUGCAACUACAGUUGUCCUGAAGAUCUUGUCAACACUGUCCUUGAACUGGAAAUGUGGGCACCCUGGAAGAAUGAUACAUCCAGUGUUUUUACACAUUCAUCACAUUCCACAGUUUUCAAUCUAUUAAGCACAUAUUUCUUCCUUCUAAAUUGAUAUAUUUUAGUGUUAUUGUAUAAUAUGGUGUGUGUGUGUGGCUGUACGAUAUACUGUGAUUUUAUGCAUUUAUUUUAAACUGAUACUAAAAGAAUGUAUAUUUAAACUCAACAUUCACUUAGCCAGCUUGAUCUAUUCCAGCAGACAAAGAAGGGCAACUGUUAGCAUAGCCAUUGCCUUCAAUUCUAAUGGCUUUCUGGAAGCCAAGGUGGUCUAUUACAGACAGGUCUGAUAAUGUAGCAGCCACUUAAACACUUCACAGCAGGCAGUGUGGCUUUUCCAGCUACUCCACUCCUGAAGUGUAUCAACCAUUCUGUGACUGAUACUUCAGUUUCCUUAGUGCUAAGGUAGUCAUACAGAUGGAAAUCAUAGCUGGCACAAUCAGAAAACAAAUUUGCUCCAUUCGCUUUGCCGUUGGGAGAUAACACAACAUAAUUGUGUGCCAAAUGGAUGGUGACUCUCCUUUCAUAGGAAUAUGCUCAAAAUUAUAUUGCUGUACUAAAUUAACCUUUAUUCCUGGUCUGUAAAUGUUAAAUAAUGUCACAUACUUUUUUUUUUCAGUUGAUUGUGUUGUCCUUUUGUCUUUUAAAUAAACUGUGUCCGAUGUUGAAAAUUUACUUGUGUUUCAAAUGGAGAUAAUUACCCAAAGCAAACACUAGCAACUGAAAUAAAGUCUGCUCAGAAACUGAAGUUGUCCCUGCAGUUUUAUCUCCAAAACGAAUGCAGAGAAAUAAACUACUGCAUGCUUCUUUUUAUGAACUAUGAUGAAAUACUUGUUCUAGUUAAAUUAAUUCAGAGCAGAGAGACUCAUAUAGGGAGGAAAGAUUAUCCUGUGGUUAUGACAUAAGUCCAUGAGAUCAGAGACCUGGCUCUGUGCCCAGCUCUGCCAAUGGCUUACAGCAUGACUUUGCAAAGUUACUAACUUCUCUGUACUUCAGUUUCCUAAUUUGUGACAUGGGGACUGUCAUCAUUCCAGGCUGACUGGUGUGCCCCCUUGCAGGGAGGCAUAGGAUUACAGGUGAGCCCUUACUAGAUUUUCCCGAUGCUAAAGAGCACCUCCCUGUGGAGGGUUUCAUUUCUUAACAGAAAAGCCAAAACAGAAUAUAAACAAAACUUUCACUCCAGCAUCUCAUUUGGGUGACUAAGUCGUUCCUAGCCCUUCUGUCCCCGACCUGAGUCAAGGGCUUGUUUCCAUCCAGGCUCUUUCCCCAAGAUUGUCUCUGCCCCUGCGGUUAGGCCUACUGCUCCUACUGGAGUAAGACCCUUCUCUGGAUUCAGAGCUCCAGGGAGGUCCAACCACUGCAACUCUUCUCUAGGACAGCAGCUGAUCUUUGCCAGGGCAGCAUCUUGGAGACCUCUGGCUGAGACCAGACCCUCUUAGAUGCCUGCUGACUGCAGCCCUCCUCUCCAGACAGACUCCCCAUUCUGGUGGGUUCCCCAGAGAACUCAUCCUCUAGGCUCCUUACCCAGCCCUCUUGCUCAGGCCUCUUCUGGGAGCUCCUCUCCACAGGAGCAUCCUGUCUCCCUUUGGAGUUUCCCUCUAAUUGAGCUUGGAUAACCUUUAUUAGAUCCAGCUGCUUGGUUACGAAUUAGCCACCUGAGGCAGGUAAUAAUCCCCAGGUAGGGCUGUCUCAGGCAGACAAGGCCCUAAUUCCCCAUAAAGGACAGCUGCCCUGUGACAGGGACUCAACAAAAUUCCCAAAGAUUUAGAGAGGGUCAAUUCAUUGAUGUUAGUAUGCCACACUGAGAUCCUUGAUAGAAACUGCUAUAGAAGUAUUAUAUUAUUUGCAAUUUUCAACUGUGAUAAAAUCUUUGUAUUACUUCAGGCUUUUACUUAUUACAGCCCUGUACACACAGCAAUGACAAAAAAUGUAGGCAUUUAAAAGCCUAAGUCGCAGUGUUUUUCAACAGGAAUUAAGGACUUCAAGAGACAAGCUUUGAGCAGGGGGUUGGACUAGAUGACUUUCUGAGGUCCCUUCCAACCCUGAUAUUCUAUGAUUCUAAUACGGGUGAGGUAUUGGAUGAACUUCUGUUGGUGAAAGAGACAAGCUUUUGAGCUACACAGAGCUCUUCCGAUUUGGGAAAGGUACUCAGCCUCACAGCUAAAUACACCAUGGAACAGACUGUUAAGCCUAAAUGCUUAAGUCAGUUUUGAAAACGCGACAUAGGAGCUUUUGAAAGUUUCACCCUGGGUCACCCUAUAUAGAAUUAGAAAAUUCAUAAUGUUCUGCUCUGAGCCAUAUUGAUUGAUUUGGCUUUCUAACCUGUGAGAAUCUGCAGUCAGAUAAUCUCUCUACCAUCUCAGGUUCACUGUGGUGGUCUUGUGUUUUGGCAGUUUGCCCUUCGAUUAAAUGAGAAGGUAUAUAUUUAGAGUAACUACUGAGACUGCUAAUAAGAACCAACUAGUGCAAAUUAAUAUUGACCUGUGUCCACUAGGAACUGAAUUGAAACUACAGUGGUUUAUAUUAAAUCAAUAGAACAGCCAGACGGCCAUGCUUUUUUUGUGUGUGUGUUAAGUACUAAGUGGUUUAGAGGUGAAAAGCUCAUUGUACUAUCUCCACUCCCCUAAGACACCAAAGCCUCCUACCAAACUGUUAUCAAAAUACGCUUCGUGUUCCUAUGGUUAUUUGCAUAACACUUAACUGACAUUAACAGAAAAAAAGAGGCGAGGUUACAGAUGGAAGAAGAGACACUCAGAAUGCUCUACUUGUCGAUUAAUGGUUUCUCAUCAAAGACAAGUAUACAUCAUGAGUGAAAUCCUGCCUCGAUUAAGUCAGUGAGAGUUUUGCCAUUGACUUUAAUGAGGCCAAGAUUUCACCCUAUGUCUUUAAUUUGAAUGAUGGAAUAUUUUUCCUCUACAAAAUAAAUUAGAUGAUAUACACACAGAGCUCUGAAGACCUAACUGUAUAUUAACUGUUUAAGUAUUAGUAAAUCCUCUCUAAGCCAAAAGUAGCCUCUGUAGUGGCUGGUCUAUAUAUCCUCCAUAAGAAUUCUAUGCUUCAUAAUCAGAUAAAGCUAAUCAUGAUUCUUAAGGUAAUAUUCUCCCAUUUGGGAGUUAUACAAUAUUUUAUAUGGCCAUCCAAUGUUUCCUCCUCCUCCAGAGCCAUCUCUCCAUAACCUGAUGGCAGUAUGUCCCAUAAGGCUAUUUGACUCUUGAAUGAAAUCAAGAGACAUCAUUCUGCAUGCUCUCAAACAUUCUUGCCGACAUAAAGACAGUCAUUUUGCAGUUAGGUUUUUUUCUAGCUGACUGUUCUAUUCCCAAUGCCAGUCAGGAGGAGCAGUUCACAAUAUCCAUUGGCCUAUAUCUCAUUACUGAUGUGAAAGCAGGGGCCUGUAGGUACAUAAAAUCAGGUGUCCCUGAUCCUGCUGUAGGAACUGACCAGUUAACCAGAAGAGCAUGACAGGAGAGCAUACACAACCUGAAGUGUGUGUGUUCAUUUCUUAUCAGAAAAUCUCCCAAAUCAAAAAAGGUGGGGUGUUUUGUUAUGGGUUUUUAAACUUAUUUUUAAAAUACUUUGCUGACUGAAGGAUGGGUUGCUAAUCUUAUCAGCAGUCACAGUGGGAGUUAAUACCUCUUUUAUUGCAGAGCUGUGAGAAGUUAAAGAAGAGAAUGUGGUUGGGAGUGCUGGAUGAUAAAAAAGGGGAACUCAAUGGCAUGAUCUGUUCUCACUUCUCAGUUGGCUCCAUUAUUUGCAGAUGGAGGGCAUUUUAUUUUGAAAGGGUUCUGCAACAGGUUAAUCUUCCAGGUAAACAAGUUUAGCCUUGGAAUCUGUAAAUCUAUGAAAGUUCAUCUCCAGCAGAGCAUUCAGAAUCUUGCACAAUAAUCCAAAAAGAUUGCAGAUAUUUUUUUCCUGGACCCCAAAUGCCCUACCACCAUCAUACAUCAAAUAUUUUAAAUUCAAUAGUGAAGUUCUCUGCUGCAGGAAACACACAACAGGCAUACAUAUUGGGACCAUCAUUCAAAGAAGGAGUAAAGAAUAUAAUAAACCUAACGUGAUGUAGAGUUCUACUUUCCCGCAACACACUGUUCAAUAACUGCUUGGAAGUGAAUAGUCUAAUUAAAAUCACUACUUGUGGCAACACUCAGUUCAACUUUUAAAUUUUCCGUAUAAAGAAAGAUUAAAUUCUCAUUUUUCCUUCAUGUUUUAGAAGCACACAUUUUACAUUAGCAAUCAUUACCUUGGGACUGCAAGUUUAGCAUUUCAGAGUUGUAAUUUCUCUGUCUAUACUUAGCUAUAUAAGCCUGGACAAAUCACUUAAAUCAAUCUGUCUCAGUUUCCUCCAUCUGUAAAAAUUGAUAUUAUAAUCCUGACAACACCUAAGAGUGGUGGUGCUAUAAUUAAUUUAUGUGUAUACAGUACUCUGAAAACGAGAUAUGCUAAGUAUAAUUAGAUAAUGAAAAGUAACCACACAAGAAUGAAACAUACCUAGGUGGCUCACUGAAUCAGUUAUAAUUCUAAAUGCAAUACAUAAGAUUUGCAACCUCUUCUGGAUUAAUACCCAUCUAACUGUACCAUGAAAUGAGAAAUAUUCUUCACAUAAAGCUUGCACUUUGUCUCUCUUCUUACUUGAAAAAUGCUGCAAAAUUAGAGUGAUAAUUCAUCUCCUCUAUUUAAAAUACUUUCUAGUGACUUGUUAAGGCACUGUUAUUCCAAAACUAUGGGCUGGGAUGGGGGACAGGGUGUUCAGAAAAAUUACCACCCAUUCCUUCCCAUGAACUUUUUAGGAUAUCAGUGUGACACUACAUCCCAUAUUCUUCAUAGAGAUAUGGUUAUUAUAUGAUUAUGACAUAACUAAGAUGGGUUUUAUGCAAUAUGGGUCAUGUGAGAUAUCAUUGGAAAGGUUAUGAUUUACUGACUAUGAUUAUCCUAUUUCUAUGCGUGUAUCAUUUUUGUAUCUGAAGUUAGGAAUAUUAUCUAUGCAUCUUUUACACAUGUGUUUACACCUCGGGAACGCCCACUGGACAGAAUGCAAUCAUUCCAGAUGGCAGGUUGGGAAAGGCCAUUAGG